AGAAGUCUCGCGACAUUUUGAUCGAUAGCCGUCCACGAGCUUAUCAGUCGACGUUCGGAGAUCGUUCGAAUCCUCGCCGUACAUGAACUGCUAGCGGAUAGGAAAAACAUGCUUUUAUUUCAUUUAUAUAUCUAACUUGAAUUUGCUUGAUAGUCCGGUCUUCUAUUUAGGACGUGACGGAGCCGCUUCAUUUGCGUGCGUCGUCACAUAGCUGCUACUAGCCUCGCGCUAGUUAGCUUCUUUGCUAACCAUCCAUUUCGGAAAAAUACAGGAAGCAGAGCACGCACGAAGCGCGGCCUAAAAGGUUGCUCUCGACGCACAGACUCCAUCGAUUAUUCUCAAAAUCUGCACAGGAUAUUUAAUCUGAAAUAAGGGCUCAGAUGGCACCAUACUCUCCUUCCCGCUCCAACUCCAGAUCCAAGUCCAGGUCCAGAUCUGUAUCUAGAUCUCAAUCUAGAAGCCGCUCUCGCUCAAGAUCCAGAAAGCGUCGUUACAGCUCUAGGUCCCGGUCCCGCUCUCGUUCCCGCACACCUAUGUCCUACCGAAAUUAUCCCUCCCGGGAUUAUCAGAACAACCGGGGCUACAACCGCGGCUACAACCGCGGCUAUCGGAGGCCCUUCCACUUCCGCGGCCGCAAUCGGGGCUAUUACCCUCGCGGUCACUACCAGAACAGGGGAGGCGGCUAUGGCUACAAGUCUAACUGGCAGGGCGGCGGAGGCGGCGGCGGCGGCUGGCACGACCGCAAACGUGACCAGGACAACCGCUCGCACAGCCCCAGGAGAGGGCGCUCACGCUCCCACACGCCAAACAAGCGCUCGGCCAGCCGCUCGCACUCCCGCCACUCGGACCGCUCGUCGUCCGAGCAGUCUCAUCGCUCGAGGGCCUCCAGCACCUCCAGGUCACGCUCGUCCACCCCGUGCCCCCGCAACAAGGGCAAACCCAGCUCCAAGAUUACGAAGGAGAAGCAAGGAGAGAGUCAAGCGGAGAAGCCAUCCGGAGAAGGCACCGUGAUCGAGAAAACCUCCGGAGGUAAAUGGAUCGACUACGAGGCGGGCCGAGGCGGCUCCGAGGCGGCUCAGAAGGAAGACGCCGCGUCUGCCGACAGCCCCCCCAAAUCGGGGCAAACAGCCUCCUUCAGCGGCUUCGGCUUCUUCUCCAAGGAGGAUGCCAAGUCUGGAGAAAAGAUGGUGAUCUCUGCUGCCUUCAAAAAGUUCUUGGCUGAAAACAAAAACAAAAAGCAGGCCGCUGAGAAGGACGAUGGAAACGAGAGCGAGAAGAGCAGCACCGAGAGAGAUCAAGAGAAGGGCAUCAAGUCCGGAGACGUCUUCAGCAUCUCCAUUCCGUACGCCGACGCCAAGGAUGACAAGACCUUGCCGUUCUUCGACGAAGAGGAGGAGGAGUUCCUCAAGUCGCACGGCUUGAAAGACCGAGCCGCAGACGAGGACGGUGCGGGCAAGUCCAACCCCACGCCGCGAGACAUCUUCGGGAAGUGGGGCGACGAGCCGACCUAUUCCACCUCCUACCCGUUGCUGAAGGAGAAAAGCCGCAGAGAUGAGGAUGCGGAGACCUUGGAUAAAAUGGUGGAGGAGAUGUAUCAGAGCCGCAAGCACAGCAAGAAAGAGGAGAAGGCCAAGAAGAAGGAGAAGAAAGAGAAAGAGAAGGAGAAAGAGAAGAACAAACGUAGUCCCUCCCCCGCUGUGCCUUCCAAAGUCAAGGACAGACCGCUCUUCCCCGGGGCUUUCCCUCGUGAGGACUCUCCCGCACGCCUGGCGUCAUCCAGGGAGGACUUUGAACAGAGAGUGGCGUCUUUGGAAGAAAUCCCAAGCUCCUCUAUGGCUAAGAAUCGCCUCACGGCAAGAGAUCUGGUGAAUCCCUCGAAGAAAGAUUCAGAGUUCCGCUCCAUCUUCCAGAAUAUUCAAUCCAGCCAGCUUCGCAGCAGCCCCGCUGAGCUCUUCGCUCAGCACAUAGUGUCCAUUGUGCAUUACAUCAAAGCUCAACAUUUCCCUUCCUCAGAAAUGACUUUAAGCGAGCGCUUCGCCAUGUACCAAAGAAAAGCUGCAGAGGCAGAAAUGAAGCCAAGGAAGAGCCCCGAAAUCCACAGGAGAAUUGAUGUUUCCCCCAGUGCCUUUAAGAGGCACUCUCACCUGUUUGAGGAAAUGGACGAGCCCAGUUUCAAGGAUGCAAGCAAAAAGUUGAAAGGGGACACCAUGGACCUUCGUCUGGACAUUGAAAGGCGUAAGAGGUUUGCCGGGAAGGAGUACAAGCGCGAGGCAGGCCGGAGCCCAGAAGGCUCCCGGGAGAGGUCCUCUGAGAAAUCGGGGAAGCACCACAAGAAAUCCAAGAAAUCAAAGAAGAAGCGUGACCGCUCGCCAUCCUCGUCCUCUUCCUCGUCCUCCCCGUCCCCUUUCCCGUCUGCGCCGCCACCGUUCCGACCCAAGGAAUACAUGGCAGGAGACGGGCCGGAGCAUUUUGAGGAGGGCUUCUCUCACCCCCGCUACCCACCGCGGGACUACGGGGGGGACCGCGGGCACCCGCGGGAUUUUGAGGGCCAGCACAUGGAAGGCCAGAGAGGCAGAGGCCGCGGAUUCUUUCCCCGAAUGAGAGGACGAGGAUGGAACAGGGGCAAUUAUCCAGGCAACAACAACAACAGCAAUGGCAACCCUGCCAACAUGAAUCCUCAAGUGCGCCCCCCAGAGGAGGAAUGGGAUCCUGAGUACACACCCAAGAGCAGGAAGUAUUACUUGAGGCCAACGCGCGCACAGCAGGAUCAGCUGCAUGAUGACCGCGAUGGCGAGAAAACCUGGGUGGACAACCGCGGGCGCGGCCGGGGGUCCUUCAUGCCCCGCCGGGGUCGCUUCGUGUACCGCAAGGGAGGCAGCAGCCCCAAGUGGGCCCACGAUAUGUUCCAGAAUGCGGAGCAGCCCGAGAUGGGAGAAGACAACAUCGAGGCGGAGCAUAAAGAUGCCAAGAGUGCCGACGAAGGCCUGAAAUCCUAAACAGCCAGUCGGUGUGUCCACAUGUUUGUGCGCUUGUUUUUUUUCUCCCCCCCUGUAUCUCUCAUUUCAUUCUCUUUAUAGAUCAAGUGAAGAAGUUGGUUUAAAGUUUUUAUGUCAUGUGUUUGAUGACCGAACGGUUUACUGUUGAAUACUAAGGCGGCGGCGUUAAAUAAACGGGAAAAAUUACAAAAAUAUUUGUGCCUUAGAUGACUAAAAAAAAAGAAAAAUACAAUUCUACGCAAGUGUUUUUGCGGUUGGAAACGGAGGGAGAAUUGAACCCCAUUAUAUCUUUUCUUUUUUGUCUAGGGGGCCCUGCUGACAUCUUGAUGUUAAAACUGCAUGAACAUAUUAAUGCUUCUCUCCAUGGGACCAAUCAAUAGUUGCAAUUUGGAUUUAAAAAAAGAAAUAUUUACCCCUCUCAAAAAAAAAAAUGUUUUAGCAUCCACUUCAUUUGUGAAUAUAUUAGUGUUUCCAUUUAAAAGUCCACCUGAAAAUCAAACUGUUUUGCUAUAGACAUAAAAAUAUAGAUACUUGCUCUCUAGGUUUAUGUCAUUUUAGCAAAGUAGCGACCUUUUUAUUUGAUGUAGUUUUAAUUGACAGGCAGAAGUUGCGUAAUAAUGUACACCGUUAUAAAUGUUCAAUUGUUGUAAUACUUGGGGGUAAACAAGUUGAACUAUUUUGGGGGGGGGGGUGAAGGUAAUUUCAGUUUAAACUCGUCGUAAAAGCGGACGUUAAAAAAAAAAAAAUGAAGGCAAGAUGUUUUCAAUCUGACUGUACGCAACAACUGUGGAUCUGCGGUUCCUUAUGGUUAAUAUGAAGCUGGCAACUUUUAUAUUGUUGAAGAGCUGUCAUGUUUGUUGUUUAAUUUUCAAUAAAUGUCCUUAUCUUUAA